GCGCUCCUUCCCCAAAAGUUGUCGAAACCUUGCGGGUGCUCCCGAAAUUAGCGCGACGUCGCGCAUGGACGCUUUGGGAGCUCCAGCAAAUGGCUGCCGCUUCACGUUGUUUGACACACUCUUUUCCAGCGAACCCGGUGCGCGCUGACCUGCGCUUCUCUCUCCUACUCACCGUGAGAAACCGCAAGCAAAAUGUCCUACUCCGACGAGGCAGUCAAAGCCAAGCUGUCGUCCCUGAGCGAGACUCAAGACAGCAUCGUGACCGUCGCGCAAUGGAUCAUGUUCCAUCGCCGCCACGCCGACCGCACCGCAUCCCUCUGGCUCGAGCGCCUGCAAGAAUCCAACACCAGCAAGAAGCUGAACCUCGUCUACCUCGCAAACGAAGUCGUCCAGCAGUCUCGUGCGCGCAACAAGACCGAUUUCCUGCUUGCCUUUGAGCCUCUGAUUGGCGAUGCCACUUCUUUGGCGUACAAGAAUGCGAGUCAAGAGGUGCAGGGGAAGUUGAGGAGGGUGGUGGAGGUGUGGAGGCAGAGGAACAUCUUCGACCCGCGCAUUCAGACCCAGACGGAGCAGAUGUUGGAUGAGAUUGAUAAGCAGCGCGGUGGUGGACAGGCGAAUGGGACGGGCUCCGGGUCUGGGAGGAGGCUGGGGGGCAGUCUGUUCGGCGGCAGUGGUGGCAGUGUGCCCUCCGAGCUGGAAGCCGCGGCCAAACUCCAUGCCAGCCUGAGCAAGGCGGAGGUCAACGUCAAGCCCUCGGUGGACACGGCCAAUAAGGAAUACGCCAAGAUGACCGAUCCCGAUACUCCCGUCCCUACCGCUCCGGUGCACGCGGCGAGGCUAAGCCAACUUAUGAAGAGCUUAGCUGCAGCUCAGGGUGCCGUGGAAGCAAGCGUGCAGGCGAGACGGGCUCUUCUUGCAGAGCUGGACAGGCUGGUCGAAAGCCACAAGGCCAAGUUGGCGGUGGACGAGACGACGGCAGCGGAUAUCGUGACACGCAAAGACGACAUUGAAAACAAGAAGAAGGAAGUUGAGGAUAACAUCAUGCGCGGCCUGUCGACUCCAACAUCUCCAACCAACCCCACCACCGAUCCAUUCGAUCUUCUCCGCGCAAACGGAAGCCGCUCCGCCAGCAAAGAAAUCGAGAGACCCGAAGCAGAAGGCUUCACGCCUCCACCGCCUGAUGUAGAAGCCUUCACUCCCCCAGCCCUCGAAACAGACCCCGAAGUCACAGGCGCAGGUGAUCCCGCCGCAGGCUUCGACAACAACGCCACGGACGCCGAGCUCGCAGAAGUUGAGUCACAAGAGCGCGGACAUGGACGAGGAGAUUUUUGGGAUGGGAGGGGUGGAUGAGGAGGGGGUGAGUGCUAUGCUGGGUCAAUAGGUGGGCAUGACAAGAAGUGAACGAGUGAGAUGACGGGUGGAUGGUGUGGAGCAGUUGAGAGCAGCUCUCUAUUGGAUCGGCUGGCCUACAUAUGGUGCCUAACCCGAGGAAUGUCUCGCAUGAAGGUUAUGCGAUCCUUCCACACGCCAUACAGCAGACCGAUGAAUAUAAUUCCAAACUCCGUCCGUUCGCUUCCAAACCUGCGCUAAACAUGAAACUUUCUCUUGCUCGCUCCUCCCUCAUAUCACCGCCAUCACCAGCGCCGCAAACGUGACAAGCGAAAGCGAAAGCACCGAGGGAGUAGGGAUUCGCAGUUCCGCGCCGCUUGUCAGCGCAGCAGAGGUGAAGACCAGCUCGAACCCAAUAUCCGAGC